AUGAAUAGUGAUGAAAAUCAGGCAAUGGAAGAAGAACUUGCAGUGAAUAAUGCAACCAAUCUAAAGAGCAAUAAUAAAAGAAGUAAGAAAAGUAUGUGUUUAUCAGUAGAUGAUUCAAAUCAAUUGGAAUUUAAAUCGAACUACAAUGAUUUAGAUGAAGAAAGUGUCCCGACAACUGAAAAAAAAUUGAAAUUAGAAAUAGUUGAUAUGAAUAGUAAAUAUGAAAACAUGGAAUUGACUAUGGAAAAUCUGAUUUCAAUUUAUAAUACGUAUCCUGCAAAUUUUCCGAACAUUUGUAAUAAUAUCAAUGGCAUUGAAGUUAACUCUGAGAGUUUCGCCAGGCUUGCGCCAUACACUUGUACCGAUCAAUGGCUAAACGAUGCCAUUAUUAACGCCUUUAUGAGUUUGCCACCUGAGAUAGCGUUAAAGUCAAAAGUAAAUUUAUGUGUAUUUGAUACAUUAUUUUGCUAUGAUAUUCUUCAACAUAAUUCUAUAAGUAAUGGAUUCAAAAAAUGGGGACAAAAGCAAAAAAUUACGCAUAAAAAUCUUUGGUUGAUCCCUGUCAGUACAGGGAAUCACUGGGCUUUAUUAGUGGUCAGUUUAGAUCAAAAUAUCAUGAUGUAUUUAGACUCACUUCACUACAGUCCCUCCGAAACUCUGUUGAGACAUGUUCAUUGGUUUAUGAACUAUUGUACUCCUAAAAGACAGCAGAAAAAAAAUUCUGAAAAAGUAUGGACAUAUUACAGUGCAAUAGAUAUUCCUAAACAAGUUGAUGACAAUUGUGGAGUGUACGUUUGUGCAUGGGCUCUCACGAUAGCAAGCUCUUCAAUUACAGCGUUUGGGGAAACAGAUAUGAAUAAUAUUCGGUUGCGAUCAUUUCUGUGGGUCACUGCUCAUCUUAGUUACUCGUUAGAGAACCCUUCUAAGCCAUUUAGAAUGGUCUGUAUAGAUCUUGAGGAAUUCGUCAUGCACUGCGUUUCAUUGCAGGGAACCUGA